AUGGCGACGGCGGGGCUGGUAGUACCAGCUCUGGUGGACGACUCCGUCGAGGAGAUCCUCCUCCGCUUCCCUCCGGACGACCCCGCGGCCCUCGUCCGCGCCGCCCUCGUCUGCAAGCUCUGGCGCCGCCUCGUCUCCAACGCCAACUUCCGGCGCAGGUUCCGCGAGUUCCACCGCGCGGCGCCCAUGCUCGGUUUGCUCUGCUCCCAGAGAGCGUCUUUCCACUUUGAAUCCACCACCUCCUUCCGCCCGCCCUACGGGGGCGACGGCACCGGCACCGGCACCGGCGUCCGGACCCAGCGGGCGCUCGACGCCCGCCACGGCCGCGUCCUCCUCGGAUCAACGCGGCGCGACUGCGAGGACCUCGCCGUUUGGGAUCCCCUCAGGGGUGACCUCCAAACGCUGCCGCCGCUCCGCCAUUGCUGCUGUGACGGCUGGACGGCGGCGUUGGUUUGCGCGGUCGCCGGGUGUGACCACCUCGACUGUGCCCCACGCGGGCCCUUCCGUGUCGUCUUCGUCGGCACGGACUGGAUGUCGCAGUUCGUCACCUCCGUGUGGCUCUACUCAUCUGAGGUUGGUUCAUGGCGUGAGGACCGUAAGGUCGCCAUUGUUAGGGCACCCAACGCCUACCUCCCUGUCAACAUCGGCCCAAGCGCGCUGGUGGGGAAUUCUCUCUAUUUUCGAUAUGGUAUUGCAGUUAUUCUAGUGCAUAUUGCUGGUCGACUCUUCACUAUUGAUGUUAAGGCAAGAUGUGUUAAGGAGAUUGGAAAGGGUCUGUACCUCGAUGGCUAUCAUGUUGUCCCCUUUCUGAGCUUCUGCACUCCAGCUCUAGAAGCAGCCUUUUCAGACGUGGGACCAGGCGAGGACAAUCCCAAUCUCCGUGCAUCCUUGGCUCCACUGGCACAGACACUGCAUCCUUGGUCCCACCGGCAGAGGCGUCCUCAGUCCUCACUCCUCACCUCACAGGCUCACACUCGCACUUCGCUGUCCCCCAACCAAAACCCUCGCCGCCGCCGCCGCCAAUCAUCAGGAUGGCACCCGCGACGGCGCUGCAGGACGAGCUCGCGGAAGAGAUCCUCCUCCGCCUCCCGCCAGACGACCCCGCGCUCCUCGUCCGCACCGCCCUCGUCUGCAAGCAUUCCUGCCGCCUCAUCGCAGACCCCGGCUUCCGCCGCCGGUUCCGCGAGUUCCACGGCGCGCCGCCAUGCCGCAGUGUUUUGUGCUGAUGCAGGCUGCAGCCACCUUGACUGCCGCCACAACCCUUUCACCGUGAUCUAUGUGAGCAUCAUAGGAGAAUGGAAGAUGGAAGUCUACAUCUACUCGUCGGAGGCUGUUCAGUGGCAUCUGCCUUCUGUGCCUUACGCCGCUGCUCAACAAGGCGACUAUCUGGACUUGGGGCCUAGUGUCCUUGUGGGGAACUUACUCUACUUCGUGCUUCGGAGGAACACCAGAAUCCUGGAAUACAAUGUGGCCACAAGGGAAAUGGGUGUUGUUCAUCUACCACCUGGUUGUUUCUCAGAGCGGCGAAAUAUGCUCAUGACUGCGGAGGAUGGUUGCCUGGGAUUUGCCACUGUGCAUAAGUCAAAACUCUGUCUAUGGUCAAAGGAGAAUGGUUCUGAUAAGGAUGCAGGGUGGGCACAGAGGAGAGUCAUCGACCUCAAGAUGCUACUCCCCAUUCGUUCCCUCUUAACCCCUCCUCAUGUGGUUGGCUUUGCAAAUGGCAUUGGUGUCAUUUUUGUGCACACUUGUGAUGGGCUCUUCACUAUUGAUUUAAACUCCAGUCGGGUCAAGAAGGCACGGAAAGCUAGUGAUGGCUCCAGGGUUUUUCCAUACAUGAGCUACUGCACCCCAGCAUUGAGAGCAGCAACAACCUCUACAGAUGAGGGACCAACUAUGGGCGCUUCAAGUGCAUCAGAUGCUUAAAAGCCAUGAUCUGUGGAGUUGAGUGGAGAUUUUGGUUCUGGUAACGGUAACGAGGUUAGGCUCUAUGAUGGGACAGUUAUUUACCAUCAGUGAAGUUAGUUUGACUCUUAAUUUGUUGCCCGUUAAGGGUUCUGUAUUUCUUUAAGGGAUCAUAUCUUCUAAAUUGGUAAGCCUGUCAAUUGGCCUUGUCUGUAAGGUGGCUAUCCCAGCCUUGCAUCAACCAGCUCUAUGUGCAUU